ACUCAGAAAGAAAAUAUUACAAAAUUCUUAGCAGACAAUACAAAUUUUUCUCUCCUUUUUCUAAAAUAUUUUGCACAAGUGUUGAGCUGUAGGUUUUCACCUCUAAACUAGAUACCAAAGUUAUUUUUAACAGAAGUCAAAAUGUUAGUGUGAGAUGUUUUUUUUUCCCCCCUCAAAAAAGUAUUUAGGUUUUCAUACAGAAAAGAAAAGCAGACUAAUCACUCUCUCCAGCAAUCUCUAUGCAGGGCUGCACAGUCCAAUAAAGGUGAGGAGUUAACAGAAAACACUUUUGGUACCAGCUCUAAGUGUAUUCAAUACAAAGAAGAAAAAUGAACUCAGAAUUGUGUGAGUCAAUCAUGUCCGCUUUAGGCCAUCUCAAUUUGCAUGCCAGCAAAGAAAAUAUAAUUGCUGCCAAAAUUACUUAUGAAGAUAAGCAAUUACAGCAAUAUUGCUAUUGCUGAGAAUAGUGACGUAGCUGGACAGCGAUCCAAACUUACUACUAUCAAUAGGAAGUCUUUUAUUUUAGAAAGGUGCACAACAGUAGUAGUCCAUCGAUAACGCUUGUUUGUUUUUAGUUUUUACUAAAUGAGUUAAUGUUUCCCCAUACUUAUCCAGCAACUUACUUAAGCUAUUUUAUAAACUCAUAAAGGAUAUCCCUCUCUACCACUUGAACAUAUUAUUUUGUCUGAACAAUCUAAAGAUUUUUAACUGAAGAUGAAUCAAAGCCCACAACUUUGGAAUCUCAACUUAAAGUUCUGUGGUGAUCAGUGGUAGCAUUUUGAACCCAUCUAUAGAUUGCACCAUUCCUUGCUGAGAACAGCAGCACCACUGUGUACUGCAAACCCAUGACCACUGGGGAAAAAAGACCUCUUUUUUAAUUUACACUGAAAAUGAAGUUUAUAAAUGUCCACUACAAAACCUGCUUUUUAUUUCAUUUGAGAGCUGUUUCCACAUUAUAUGCUUGCAACACAAUACAACAGAAAUGAUGAUCUUCAGCAGUGAUGAUUUGUGAGCAUGGAAGAGAUGGCCGGGUGCUUGUAACAGGAGGAAAAUCGAAUCAUCUUCAUUUGUGGUGUCUGGAAUCAAAACAGCUGUUAAGAAUAAUCCAGAUGCCUACAAAAGUACGAGCUGUUCGCCAUCUGGAAUUCCUUCCUGAUAGUUUUGAUGGUGGUUCUAAUCAGGUUCUUGGAGUGCUAAGUCAAGAUAAUAUUAUGAGAUUUAUCAAUAUACAGACGUGCAAACAUCUGUUUGACAUUGGGAAUCAUGAGGAGGGAAUCAACACAGCAGCUAUUAGCCCAAAUGGACGGUAUAUUGCAUCAGUAAUGCAAAAUGGUAGCCUCAACAUAUACAGUGUCCAGGCUUUAACGCAGGAAGUAAAUAAGCCACCACCACCCUUGGUUAAAGUAGUUGAAGAUUUGUCAAAAGGCAAGUUGGGAGCAAGUAAACUUACAAUGAGAGUAAUAUCAGGAAGGUCAGAGAGGCCUUGGAAAUCGAGAGGAAGUAAAACUCAGACCAGAGUGCUAAAACCACAAGUGAACACAUCACUUGAAAAUAAAGAGAAUGAGUUGCCAGAUGGAUUAAACAAGAAACGUCUACAAGCCUUACUGAAAGGAUUUGGAGAAUAUCCAGCAAAAUACAGGAUGUUUGUUUGGCGUGCCUUACUACAAGUUCCUGAAAACCACUUAGCAUUUAGUAGCCUAAUAGAUAAAGGUAUCCAUUCUGCAUUUGUGCACCUAAAGGACGAAUACCCCAUGAAAAGUAAGAAACUGUUGAGAGUCUUACAAAGGACCUUAUCUGCUUUAGCUCACUGGUCUGCUAUCUUUGGUGAGACACCAUACAUUCCUCUGCUAGCAUUCCCAUUUGUAAAAUUAUUCCAGAACAACCAGCUAAUCUGCUUUGAAGUUGUUGCUACUGUAAUAGUUAAUUGGUGUCAACACUGGUUUGAGUAUUUUCCUAAUCCUCCAGUCAAUGUCCUUAGUGUGGUGGAAAAUAUCUUGGCACAUCAUGACAAGGAAUUGCUUCAACACUUAAUAAAUUGCAAUGUGACUUCACAGCUAUAUGCCUGGCCUCUUCUAGAAACGUUGUUCUCUGAGGUUCUGACAAGAGAAGAAUGGCUGAAAGUGUUUGAUAAUAUCUUUUCCAACCAUCCUUCAUACUUUCUCAUGAUGGUUGCUGCCUAUAUCAUAUGUUCCAGAGCUCCUUUGCUUCACUGUAAUCAAACAGAGGACUUUGAGUAUUUCUUCCAUCAUCGGAACAAUCUGGAUAUUAAUGUUGUGAUUAAAGAAGGCUAUCAUCUUAUGGAAGCUACUCCAGCAGACAUCCAUCCACAACGUAUGCUUGAUGACUUCAUACCACUCACAAAGGGCCAGUACCCAGUAUUUAAUAAAUACCCCAGGUUUAUUGUGGAUUAUCAGACUCAGGAGCGAGAGAGGAUCAGACAGGAUGAAAUAGAAUACUUACGAGAAAGACAGUUAGUUCAUGAAAUAGAAGCUAAAGCAGUACAGCGAAAAGUAGAAGAUGAGGCCUGGUACCGGAAGCAAGAGCUGCUUCGUGAGGCUGAAGAACAGAGGAGAAAAAUUCUGCUGCAAGAAGAGGAAAAAUUGGCAGAUCAAAGACAGAGACUAGCAGCUGUGAAAAGAGAGUUGAAAGUAAAGGAACUGCAGCUAUUGGAUGCUGCAAGAAGCCGUUUCCUGAAGCAUCAGCAGGAUCAGCGUCAAAUGGAGCUAAAACGUCUGGAUGAUGAAAUUGCAAGAAAGGUGUCCAUGAGAGAGCGAGAAACAGCUGCUACUGUUCAAGAUGUAGAAGUGCGGCAAAUAGAACUUGAAUCCCAAAGACAGCUUUUUGAACAGCAACUUGUCAAAGAUCAAGAGACAGUGACACAGGAAGUAAAAGGAGAGAUAGAUGCCAGUCGAAGAAGGGCUGAUCUUGAAGAACAUCUAGUUCAGAGGUUGAUAGAAGUUAAUCAGGAUGAGGACCGUAAAGCUCAGAUGCUGGCUGAAGAAAGUUUAGCAAAAGCUGAUCAGAAGUGCAUCGACACAGACUGGAGAAUCCAAGCCUUGUAUAAACAAAGAUGUGAUGAUCUAGACCGUGAGGCACAUUACGAAGAGAUAGCUAAACUUCUUCAUGACAACAGAGUAAAAGAAGCAGAGUUGCUAAAAGCAAUGAAGGAAGAGCAGGAUAAAAGGUGGGAAGAAGUUACAGAGAAAAGAGCUCAACUGGAAGCAGAGCAGCUAGCUGUCGCUGCUUUGGACGCAAGGAGGAAGCAGUUCUUAGAAGAUGAAAUGAACGAUGCAAUAGACCUCGCUGAAAAGCUACAAUGUGAAGAUGGCUAUUUUGAGAGAUUGCGUGAUUUGAAGACUGGGUGUGUACAGCAAGAUUUAAAAUUCCAGCAGGUGCCGAGGGAAGCUCAACCCAAGUCAGGAUAUGUCUGUCUAAAUGACUUAUCUACAGCAGAGUCCUCAGCACACUUUUCUUUAGAUAGAAGACGAGAAGAACUGGAAUGCAGAGAACGGGAACUGAUGGCAGAAGUCAGAGGGCUCAGGCAAAAACUUACUUCACAGGCCCGAGCUACAUAUCCGCUACCUCAUUUUCCAGACACAAAGUGGACCACUUAAGAAAGCACACUUUAUACUUUAGCAGUAACUUAUUAAUCACUGGAAUUCUAAAUAGUUAUGUUGUGAUCAAAGAAACUGAUUUUUAGAUUAUUUAUUAUAAAUGCUUUUGGAAAUACUUUUGUAUAUAAAAAUAAAAUACUAACUAGAAAUGUUAUAGUUGCACACUUCUGAUUGUUCUGUCCAUAAUGACACUUCAUUCUUGAUUUUUUAAAAAAAUAAACGUACUUUUUUUUAUUGCUGAA